ACUCGUUAUUUUGUCGUGAUUCGAAGUGGUUAUUCCGGCGCGUUGAAAGCGAAACGUUGAGCUCCUACUGAAGGUGACCGUUUUUCUCACCUGCGUUCUUUACCCAAGCCAGGAAAAGUAAAAUCAACCCGAUUUUACAAACUCCCGUUAGGUGGUAGCCAUUAUUUUCUGUGUGAAUCAGCCAAAAAUCAGUGAUCCCUGUCGGUCGCCAACCAAACCGGUCCAAGAAGCAGUGAGAUAAAACCCCAUCCGUCCAGAUCGCGGAGUGCGUCGAUUUUGAAUUUGGAAACGCCGUCUCGUGUGUGUGAGAUUUUGGUGCACGCUAGGAAUUUGAGUUCUGAAUUCGUCUGUCGGUGCAAAUCAAUCGAAAACCAAACCAAAAAUACAGCAUGUCUAGCGGCAUCCAGAUUACGGCCGACGAUAAGCCGGCAACCGGCGUCGGCGCUACGCCGACGAAGACGCCACCGGUUGUUGGACCGCCACCGGUUUCAAGCAUUCCUUCCAGCCCAUCCCAUCUGCAGCUGCCCUCGCCGAUCAUCACCCGGCGUACCCGAACCGCAUCGACCUCCGACCGUGCCAUGCGUAACCCGAUCGAGGAGGGUAAAGUGAAAUCGUUCAGCAGAAGCAAAGGACACGGAUUCAUCGUCCCAUCGGCCGGUGGGGACGACAUCUUUGUACACAUUUCCGACAUCGAGGGCGAGUAUGUGCCACUGCCAGGCGAUGAGGUCAGCUAUCGGCUAUGCUCGAUUCCGCCCAAGUACGAGAAGGUGCAGGCCAUCCACGUGCAAAUCACGCACCUGACUCCGGAGAAACACUCACGCUGGGAAACCUGCAUUGGGCCAGACGAUGGCCAUCGGUUGCAUUAGGAGCGGUGGUUAGAACCGGUGCGCGAUGAGCAACCGCGGCAGCAGCAGCAGCAUCAGCAGCAACAGCAGCAUCAGCAGCAGCUCGCUACGCCAGAGCGUAUUGAUCCGCGCCGGUGGCCAGACAUUUCGUUCAGUUUUGCGUAGAUAGGAAGUGGAUAAGAUAGAGCAGAGGAGGCGGGAAGGCGAAGGAGGAUCAUACGGAAUGUGGGGUUCAGUAUUUGAGACAGGUUUUUGGAGGAUAUGAAACGAAAAGCGUGUUCUGUUUAUUUUCGUGCUCGAGCUCCCGCUCGCGCUUAAAACAGACCGGUGCAGACCCGCUACCCGUUACGCUAAAUCGUAAAUAAUCUUAUUGCAAAUGUCUAGUUAUUGCUUCGAGUAGUUCUACCAACGGAGGUUCACCUUCGGGCCCUCUCCUUUUCUUUCUUUUCUUUUUUCGUUUUGUUAGUAAUAUCCUUUCCCCGUUGUUACGCAUAAAUUAGCGAUCGACGGUAGCGGUAGGGGCGGUACCGGUUGUGGCAGGUUUAUUGUUUUGCAUAGCGCUCAACGGGUACGGGGGCAAUCGUUAAGAUUAGCAAGGAAGAAUAUAUUUCGCGCAAAUCGAUGGUGCAAAUGUGUAGGGGAUGUAGAAACCGUUUGCCAGAUGUAGGGCUCCCAAGCUGAGGAUGAAAUAUACUCAGCUCUCCGUCUUCGCAUAAUAGGCCAUUUCAUUAUGGUCCCAAUUAGGCCUGAAUUCGUUGUUUGUUUAUUCUUUGUAUUUGAGGUGAGAUUUGGAGGAGCCAAACGAACAGAGUUAGACCAUUCGUACAACGAAACUGAGAUGCUAGACGCAAAGCAGAGCAAAUAUUGAUCAAUAGCGAUCGUUUGGCAUUGUAGCAGAUCCAAGUGCCACAACAUCUUUCCGCAAGCCAGCAUCACUAUCUUCUCUUUUCCUCUUCCUCUUUCUCUUUCUCUCUCUCUACUUUCUUCUUAUCCAUUCUUCUAUUCUCUUGAUGCACUAUACAAUGUUAUUUUGUAAUAAUCCAACUGGCAAGAGCGAGCUCUGUUCGAUAGCUCGUACGAUAAAGGCCAAUUCCAUGCCAGUGCCAGCAAUCGGCACCCUAGUUACGGUAUUGUACGGUCCAGGGAUCAUGAUGUUCGAGAUGAGAUAAGAUUGGUGUGCCUAUAUUUGUACGAAUUUUCGAGUCAUUUUGCACCGUUCGGUUCAACGAACGACGUGUUUCCGGUGAAAAGGCAAGACCGCAGGAGUUUGCAAAGGAUAAAAAACAAAAGUUUUCGGUUUUAGAACAACAUACUGAAGGGUGCAGAAUCGGAUAUGAAAGAGACGCAAAGCUUUCGGCGAAUGCAGUGCAAAGAGGGGCCACACAGCUUACACUCCUUUUUGCAUAGGAAACGACAGGAAGGCGAUAGGUAAUGGAACGUGGUGCUUCUGUUGUCACGUUUCAGUAAAUGAAUAUUCGUAAUAAUAGCACUAACCCUACCCGGCAAGGUGAACCAUCAUGCGCCUCCAUUCAGGUGAACCACGUGACCGCGCAGUGGUGGAAUCAGAACACACAAAAGCAUGUAACCCCGAGCCAUGAAAAAGCGUUAGUUGAAUGUUUAAUCCAACACCAUCAUACCCUAACUAUAAGGCUGCUCGCAGACAGGGAGCUUUCCCGAUUCCAUCGGUACCUUGCUUGCACCGAGCCACAACAGGAUCAAAGAGCGAGCGAGUGUGUGUGUCUGAUGGUGUCUGUGCGUGUGUCCCCUCUCUCCUCCCUGUCCUCAGUUGUGCAUUCCGGUGUUUCGUGUUAUCAGUGGUUGAUGGUUAGCGCACAAUAGUAGAAAGUUUAAAAAAAGAGAAAGAGAAAGAGAAACACCUCACCCCCUUCCUCGGUCACUACCCCUCCCAACAAGAUAAAAACCAGGAAAACGUGAAAUUUACCUCAUUAAACGUUUAAAGCAAGAGGAAAGAAGAACCAAUAUCCGUCAAAUGAGGUUUCAAGUCGUCCGUUCCACGAGUAUGAAACUGAUUCGAUCGCCAUGAGCACCACGUCACACAUACAUAAAUACACACACACACAGCCCUUUUUGAGUAGCAAAGUAUAUCGAGAAAAUACACACUAAAUGAUGAUACUAAUAAAUUCGUGUUUA